CGAGCGCUUCGCUUCGGUGUCAUUGUAGAGAACACAAUGUGUGUCUGGGUUCUGUUACCAGGAAGUGGGUCGAGUUAUUUAUAUUUCAGCACCGGCGCUCACAGGAAGUAACCUGAAACGUUGAAAUUCAAACAUUUGUAGAGCGCCUGUGAGGCGAAGAGAAGCGCUGAGGAAAUGCGUUUCAUAUGUUUGGGAAAAAAAGUGCAAAGUUUAAUGAGAGCGUGCAAGUGACCAGCCGGGGGACUCUCCAUUGCCAGAGGGUUGUUAUGAAGCUCCACAAGAAGAUUUUGACUCAUUACCACUCCUGCACAUCACCGGUUGACAAAGAAGGCUUUCUCUUCAAGAAGAAACAGCGAAAUGGCUCGUACCAUCGCCGCUGGUUGGUCCUGAAAGGCAACCUGCUCUUCUACCAGGAGCGGCCCGCGGACCGCAGCCUGCUGGGUGUCAUCGUGCUGGAGGGAUGCGCCGUGCGGCGAGUAGAUGCCGACGGACGCUUCUGCUUCUCUUUACUCUUUCAAGAUCCCGAAGAAAAGAGCUACCAGUUUGCGGCGGCGGACGAGGGCACGCUGGCGAACUGGCUGCGGGCUUUGCUGUCGGCCAGCCACCGCUACUUGUCGCUGCUGCUGCGUGACCUCCACGUGCAGUAUAACAAUCUCACACAAGAUGGCGGAGAAUUGAAGCACCAUCAGGGCGACGGUGAGUCUCCAGCCAGCAACUUGAACCUCGGACCACCACCACCACCAGCAGCAGCAGGAGUUUUCAUGCAAAAAUCUCCAAAGCCGUGGCACAGGUGGAACGCUCACGUCACACCCUUGAACGUUCCGACGCCGCUUUUGUUGGCCGAGUGGCCCCUGGUGGGUUGUAAUGCGCGGGAGGAGUUCCGCCAGCUGCACCACCGUUACGGGCAAGACGUUAAGAAGGCCCGUGAAGAAUGGCUGACCUGUCGGCAGCCACCGGAGGAGAACCUGCAAGAAGAUCUCAUCGACUUGACGUGAAACUUAAAGAUUCUAUAAGAGGAAGUGAGAUAUAAAAGAAAAAAACGGAA